AUCGGUCAAUUGUUGGACGAGGUGUCAAGGUUACAACAAAAUUUGCAACGUCUCCAAGAUACUAACGCGCAAGCGACGGCACGCCUCGAGGAAGAACUCGAAGCACGAAGACAACACAUCACAAGAUUGGAGAGCAAAUUGGAACGGCAGAGAGAUUACGAUGACCUGAAACGCGAGAUAAGCGUGUUAAGGUCGGUUGAUCUAUCACAAAUUCCAACCGGUGAACCUGGAAAAAGUCUGGAACACCUUUUAAUGGAACGUUCCAAGGCCCUUCAACAAGCCGAAAGUUUAAAACCACCUAACACGCCUGACACGCUCGGUGGACUAUCGUCACCCCUGCAGCGCGCCUCGACCGCCUCGCCCCAUGGGGUCGGAGGUGGGCCACCUUCGUCCCUAGUAUCCUCCCAACAAGCCCCACCGCCACCUCCGACCUCGGUUUCCCUCCCGCCACGUUCCACGCCGACACCUUCCUCCGCAACAUCGACGACUUCCAGCCUCCUCUUCCCCCCGCCUCUCCAAAACGUCGAAACCUUCGGCUCCUUCCUUGGCGAGGAGAUCGUCGCCAACUGGAGGCGGACGUUGGAAAGGUCGAUCAUAAAUCAACAACAACAACAGCAGCAGCAACAACAACAACAGCAACAGCAGCAGCAGCAACAACAACAACAGCAGCAGCAGCAGCAACAACAACAACAGCAGCAGCAGCAAGUCCAACAGGUGCAACACCAACAAGUGCAACAACAACAGCAACAGCCUCAACCACAACCACAACAACAACCACAGCAACAACAACAAGCCACUCAAAUAUCUCAAUUAACGCAACAACAGUUGCAACAAGUCCAACCAUUGAUAGGACUUCAUCCACCUACAACGCCAAGUAGCCUAAAUCAUCUUCCCUCACCAACAGAAGCAUCGUCAAGUACCAACGUACCGAGUAAAUCCAGCACACCAUUGGGUACGACGUCGAUGGGAACGACGACGUUAACCACGACGAAUUUAGGCACGACGGGACUCGGUACAACGUCGUUGGGUACGUCGACAUUGGGCACGGCGUUGGGUACGACGUUAGGUACGACGUUAGGUACGACGUUAGGUACGACGUUAGGUACGACGUUAGGUACAACGUUAGGGACGACGUUGGGUACGACAUCGUUGAUCGGUUGUCUUGAUCCGAGCGAGAAGGCGUCGACGCCAGUUCCCGGUCACGAAACGCCGGCGCCGCAGACCCCAUCCUCGACGAGUGCCAUGACAUCGCCCCCGAGCUUUCAACCGCCCACGUCGAUGGUUGAGACGAGCACCUCCUCCGCCUCCGUCAACGGUGGAGGCGUCACGCCCAGUGCCGUGUCCACGGCGCCGCCACCUAAAAGCCCGGCGGAUCAGGAAUCCUGUCACAAUAAUAAUAACAACAGUCAUCAUUUAGCUAAUAACAAUAUCGGUGGGUUGAGCGUAUUGGACACAUUAAAAAGUCCCUUCCGUUUCGAUGACAGAACGCAUCCGUUCAGAUUCGGUGAUGAAUUUGGUGCGGUCGGAAUGGCCGGUAGACUUGGUGACUCCUUAAUACCUAAAGGUGAUCCCAUGGAAGCGAGAUUACAAGAAAUGUUGCGUUACAAUAUGGACAAGUAUGCCUCACAAAAUCUGGACACCCUACACAUAGCCAGAAGAGUACGAGAACUCUUAUCCAUACAUAAUAUCGGUCAAAGACUAUUCGCCAAAUAUGUUCUUGGAUUGAGUCAAGGUACCGUCAGCGAGUUACUCAGCAAACCCAAACCAUGGGAUAAACUCACCGAGAAGGGACGGGAUAGUUAUAGGAAGAUGCACGGUUGGGCUUGCGACGACAACGCGGUAAUGCUGCUCAAGUCCCUAAUACCCAAGAAAGGCAAGGAGCAGGGAAUGCCACCUUUCACGCGUGGACCACAGGAAAGUGGUCCGCCGGAUAUGAGCGAUGAGAGGUUGGCCCAUAUCCUCUCGGAAUCUGGUCACCUACAAAUGAGAGGCGAGCAUGAGGUCUCGAACGAUGCGGACAGUAAGAGUCCGAGCAGGAUUGGCUGUCCGAGUCCGUUUAGUAAGGACAGACUCGAGAGUCAAAAUAGGAGACUGAAGAAAUACGAAAACGAUGACAUUCCCCCGGAAAAGGUAGUCAGGAUUUAUCACGAAGAAUUAACUAAACUCAUGGGAAGGAGAGUUGAUGAUCGACGGGGACCACUAGAAUUUCCUCCUAGCGGUACCCAAGGGCUCCAAGGUAUAGAAAGAACACAGGAAGAUAUCCGAUUGGCAUUGGAUGCUUAUCAUCGGGAAUUACAAAAGUUGAAUGCCGGUUCUGGACAAAAUUCGGCGCUAACAGGUUUGCCAGGAUUACCUGGAUUACCUGGUUUGUUAGCCCUGCAACAACAAGCUCUUCAACAACAUCACUUGGCGACUAACGGCGGUGGUGUACAAGAUUUGAGCUUAGGAAAAAUAGAUAUAAGGAAUAAAAUGAUAAACGGUGUUACCGAGGAAGAAAAAGAAAAAAUGGAAGAAGCUAUGAGACACGCCGGUAGCGCGUUCUCAUUGGUCAGGCCUAAACAAGAAACAACGGGAGCCCAAUCGACACCUGGUGGUUCCAGUGCGAGUUCACCUCUCGGUAAUUCUAUACUACCUCCAGCAAUGACGCCCAGUGAAGAUUUUUCGGGCGCUGCUGCGGCCAGUCCGUUACAAAGGAUGGCCUCUAUAACAAACAGCCUAAUCAGCCAACCGUCCACUCCGACCCAUCAUGCUUCGAAUCAAAGACCAUUAAAAGCAGUUCUUCCUCCAAUUACUCAACAACAAUUCGACAUGUACAAUAAUCUUAAUACCGAAGAUAUCGUCAAGAGGGUAAAGGAACAAUUGUCGCAGUAUUCGAUCUCUCAACGUUUGUUUGGUGAAUCGGUUCUGGGUUUAUCUCAGGGUUCCGUAUCGGAUCUUCUAGCACGUCCGAAACCUUGGCAUAUGUUGACGCAAAAAGGACGGGAACCAUUCAUAAGAAUGAAAAUGUUCCUCGAGGAUGACAACGCGGUACACAAACUGGUGGCAAGUCAAUAUAAAAUCGCACCGGAGAAGCUGAUGAGGACCGGCGGCUACGGCGGCCUGCCUCCAUGCGGAACGCCAAUGAAACCAAUGCCGCCGACUAAGUUGGUCCAGGAACAAUUGCAGAAUGCGGCGAAAGCGCAAGCAGCAGCCCAGGCUGCGGCCCAAGCAGCGGCACAACAUCAGCAAGAGAGUCAAAUGCAAUUGGGUCCACCACAACAGAGUCCGCAACUUCCGCAACAUCCUCAACCACCUUUGCCGAUGAUGUUGACCCCACCUGGUCCGCAUCAUCCGCAUGCCCAACUCAGUAUGCAAGAACUUCAGAAGAAACAACAACAACAGCAACAGCAACAGAUGACGUUGCAUUCUCCCCAUCAUCAGAUGACACCGUCACCUUUAAGAGGACCUCAUUUACACAUAUCUUCGAGCGUUUACGAGAUGGCAGCGUUGACCCAAGAUCUCGACACGCAAACUAUCACGACUAAGAUCAAGGAAGCCUUAUUGGCUAACAACAUUGGUCAAAAAAUAUUCGGAGAAGUAGUUCUAGGUUUAUCGCAGGGCUCGGUUAGCGAAUUGUUGAGCAAACCUAAACCAUGGCAUAUGUUGAGUAUAAAAGGUCGCGAACCAUUCAUCAGAAUGCAAAUGUGGUUGGCGGACGCGCACAACGUUGACAGAUUGCAAGCUUUGAAGAACGAGCGAAGAGAGGCUAACAAAAGACGGCGCAGCAGUGGUCCAGGACACGACAACAGUUCGGAUACGUCCAGCAACGAUACCGCUGAAUUUUAUCACGCGGCAUCGCCUGGUCCGGGCCCUGCAUCCGCUAAGAAGCAAAGAGUACUAUUUUCGGAAGAACAAAAAGAAGCACUUAGGCUCGCGUUCGCGAUGGAUCCUUAUCCGAAUGUGAACACGAUAGAAUUUCUCGCGGGAGAAUUAACAUUGUCCUCGAGAACUAUAACCAAUUGGUUUCACAAUCAUCGAAUGAGAUUGAAACAACAAACGCCGCAUGGUCAACCGGAGCCACAAUCCCCUAGGGAACCUGGUCAACCGUUCGAUCGUGUUCAAUUCAGAUUACUGUUGAAUCAACGAUUGGUAGAAAUCCAUAAGGAAAGGUUGGGUUUGGGUAACGUACCAAUACCAUAUUCACCUUACUUCAACCCGAACUUAGCAGCGUUGGUUGGGAACGCGUUAAAAGAACAAUGUUCUGGUUUAGAUUUAUCAAUGAGUGCGCUUAAAAGAGAACCCAAUCAAGAAUUCGAAGACGAGGACGUCGAAGAUGCGAUGAGCAAUCUCGGUAGCGAAGAUUCCGAAGGUUCUGCAAGUAGCAUAAAAAGAGAACCGGCGGAAACACCAACGGCACCAACUACGGUUAGGUCUAACAGAAGAAAACCUGCAGCACCGCAAUGGGUCAAUCCUGAAUGGCAGGAACCAACGCGAACGGGAGACGAGGUCAUCAUUAAUGGGGUUUGCGUUAUGCAAACGGACGACUAUGGUGUUAAAAGAGAAACGGAGGAAACCAUUAGGGUUGAACCUACCCCGGUACAGGACAGAUACGAGGAGGACGUUCAAAGUGAUGUAUCGUCGGUAUCCGGUAACAAUGGUCCGGACAGGGACAGUCCAAUGCCCAGUCCAAAAUCUGGACAAAAUAGUCCAGUAACGUCACCUAGGUCACCCUCGCAAGUACAACAAACAGUACAACAACAAUCGACGGAUACGAGUCCCAAAGAAAUAGUUAAGCACGAACCCGAAGAAGCAUGGGACUAUUAAACCUAAAAGCAACCUUGAUAACGACCCUUUCAAGGUUAACCUAAUCGAUCUCUUAUAUAUAUAUAUAUAUCUAUAUAUAUGUGCACAAGUCGAUGAUAAUUAUCGAACGAUCAAUUGAACUGUUUGUAUGGUGCGUUCGAUAAAAUCACGACGAUGACGACGACUUAAAAAAACAAUGGACGAUUAAAAUCCACGAUGAGUUUCGACCAAAAAUCUUCUGAGUGGACUUUUCUGGUGGUAUACGAACGAACAAACGAACAAACGAACGAACAAACAAACGAAAAGAUCUAUAAAUUCGUGUGUUUCGCUUUAGUGAGAUAAAACAAAUGAACCCCAUGAGCGACAGACUUUCGCGAAAUAAACAAAAGAAAAAGAAAAAGGAAAUGAGAAAGAAAAGAAAUGAAAAGAAAUCGAUACCGUAACGUUUCUCCAUCUUUUGUUUUUUUCUUUUUCUUUCUUCUUUCCUCCUUUUUCUUCUUUCUUCUUUUCUUUUCUUGCGUACAUUUAAGAUUAGGGAUUACAAAAUUUAUCGAUUACGCGACAAUGAUGUAUGUUGAACUUAUAAAAAGAAGAAAAAGAUGAAGAAGAAGAAAAAAAAGAAAGAAUAGAAAAAAACAAAGGAGGAUAACGGAUGCGAUAGGAAGUUCUUGUUGUGUCAAGAAACGAACAAAAAAAAGUAAUGGGUGAUGAUGAUGAUGAUGAUGAUGAUAAUGAUUCGAAGAGAAUAAUAAGGGGAAUUACGAGUGGGUGUGUGUGUGUGUGUGUGUGUGUGUGCGCGCGCGCGUGUGCUGGAUAACCGAAAAAUAAAAAAAGAAAUUGAC